UGCAGGGUGAAGCCACGAUAGUUGCUGGAAAAGCCGUAGAAGUAUAUUGAGAUUAAAAUUCCUUAGCCACUUCUGGUGACCUCUUCUUCACAGGGCGACUUUGAACUACAGGGAGCUAACUGUAGGGAACUAAAAACAAUACCUGUUUUCAAGAUACCUGGAAAAGGAGUGAAAUCUCCAAAAAGGUGUUUUUCCGAGAAUAAGCCCUAAACUCCAUUACCCAUGGAUGCUGCAGAAUUCCGCAAGAGAGGGAAGGAGAUGGUGGACUAUGUGGCGGAUUACCUGGAGAAGAUAGAGAAACGCCAGGUGUUCCCAGAUGUGGAACCAGGGUACCUACGGCCCCUCGUUGCAGACUGUGCACCCCAAGAUCCUGAGAGCUUUGAGGAUGUCUUUAAGGACAUUGAGAAGAUCAUUAUGCCAGGGGUGACUCACUGGCACAGUCCGUACUUUUUUGCCUACUUCCCUUCAGCCUCUUCCUUCCCAGCUCUUCUUGCAGAUAUGUUGUGUGGUGGAAUAGGAUGCGUGGGCUUCUCCUGGGCUGCAAGUCCAGCUUGCACAGAGCUGGAGACUGUCAUGCUGGAUUGGCUAGGGAAGAUGGUUAAUUUGCCUAAGGAGUUUUUAGCUGAGAAGGAUGGCCAAGGUGGAGGAGUCAUUCAGGGAAGUGCAAGCGAGGCCACCCUGAUUGCACUGCUUGCUGCAAGGACAAAAAUUAUCAGACAGGUGCAGUCAGAGAAGCCUGAGCUGACAGAAGCAGAGAUCAUGGGCAGGCUGGUGGCUUAUGCUUCUGAUCAGGCUCAUUCCUCUGUGGAAAGGGCUGCACUAAUUGGUGCUGUGAAGAUUAAAAGUGUUCCUUCAGAUGACACAUUUAGUGUUUGUGGUUCAGCCCUGAAGAAAGUUCUGGAUGAAGACAAAGCUGCUGGUCUUAUACCUUUCUUUUUCUGUGCAACACUUGGAACCACCUCUUGCUGCUCCUUUGACAAACUGUUGGAACUGGGUCCUAUUUGUAAUAAGGAAAAUAUCUGGAUGCAUAUUGAUGCAGCCUAUGCAGGAAGUGCUUUCAUCUGCCCUGAAUUCAGGCAUCUUUUAAAUGGAGUGGAGUUUGCAGAUUCAUUUAACUUUAAUCCUCACAAAUGGCUCCUAGUGAAUUUUGACUGCUCUGCAAUGUGGGUGAAAAAAAGAUCAGAUUUAAUAGGUGCCUUUAAAUUAGAACCUCUUUACCUGCAGCAUCACCAUCAGGAGUCUGGUCUUGUCACAGAUUAUCGGCACUGGCAAAUCCCCCUGGGCAGGAGGUUCCGCUCCCUGAAGCUCUGGUUCGUGCUGAGGAUGUACGGCGUCAAGGGGCUGCAGGAGCACAUCCGCAAGCACAUUAGGCUGUCGCAUCAGUUUGAACACUUAGUCCUUCAGGAUGAAAGGUUUGAGAUCUGUGCCGAGGUUGUUUUGGGACUGGUCUGCUUCCGGCUGAAGGGCUCAAAUGAACUAAAUGAGGCACUUCUAAAAAGCAUAAAUGAUGCCAAGAAGAUCCAUCUGGUCCCGUGCCACCUGCGAGAGAAGUUUGUGCUACGUUUUGCUGUUUGUUCCCGCACAGUGGAAUCCACCCACAUCAAGUUUGCCUGGCAGCACAUCUCACAGCUGGCAACUGAUCUUCUGAAAACUUGGGAGCACAACCACCACCAGCAGUAACAGCAGUGAAGUGUAAGUGGAGAUGAGGUAAUUAACUGGCUUUCUCUGAGUUGCCAAGUUUUAUUUUAGUUGCAGGUGGGAAAGUCAAACUAUGAAGGAAGAAAGUACAAAACCUGUUUUUAUAUAGCCCAGCCGCAGUAGCAAAAUCCUUGCCAGCAAGUUGAGUUGUAACCACAGCCAUUCCUCCUCUGUACUGUAGUUUCAUCUUGCCUGUUUCCAGGAUGCACAUAGCCAAGAAGAAUUGAGCUGUCAUUUGCUCCCAGUUUGUAGCCAAGAGCAUUUGUUCAACCAAGUAAUGGAAAUGGAAGGUUUGGUGCUCCCUCCACUGUCCCCAUUCACCUCUAGCACACUCCCCCCUUUCUUCAGAGAGGUCUUAAAACCAAUUAAUUUAACAUUACUAUGACUGCAGGAAGAACCCAAGUUGGGGAAGUUUAGUUCAGGUUCUAAAUAUAUUGGUAUCUGAAUAGGCAUGCACAAAUGUUGCCAGGAUUUGGGGCACUAUCGUGUCAUGAUACACUUGCUGCAGAAAUUUUGUAAAUGAACAAAGGACAAAGAACCUUCAAGACUUCCUUCACUGCAUAGCCAGACUUAGGAGAAUGAGCUUUAACUGAUUACUAAUCAUCCUUCUGGCAGGUUCUCUAUUUUCCCCUAAAUGGUUUGCUUUUAAAACUGCAGUUUUGUCAAAUUCCAGCAAAUAGGUUAUGCUGGCUAUUGGUUUCCAGACUGAUCAUUCAUAAUGAGGUCCCUGAAAAGCUCCUCCUAAAGAGUUUUGGCAAAAGCUAUGUGCUACCUGGUAUUCUGUAUUUUUAAUCAAGGUAUUAUCAGCAGUGAUUACUUGAAAAUAGUCUGUAAGAUAUGUUCUGCAAAACUGAGCUGUGAUUUGUUUUUAUGGCUACCAUUUUGAUUACUUCAUGGUGUAAUAAAUCUUUGACAAAAUGUGCUAAGAAAUGUGAUGUCAAAAAUAUCACUUUUAGUUUCUCAAAUUAGCUAGCAAUCGAGAAAGCAAGUGACAAUAAAAAUAGGAAGUAAGAGAACAAACCCCUCAAAUCAGCUUUGGUGCCCCCAUCAGUGGUUUUCUUAGAUUAAGAGUGAUGAAUGGAAAAUGAAAAUACUGGAAAACCUCUUUCUGAGAAAGUCAAAUCAUAUAUCUUUGACACAAACCAUUGAUACAUCAUCCUGUCAAAUGCAGGCAUAGUGAAGAGCAAAAAUGAAAGUUAGAGGUGAAAGUCAGAACAAUAUCAAGUCACAAAGUACUUUUGCCAUUUUAAAAACAUAAAUUCCGGACAGUUAUUUCUGUGUAAAUAAGAACAACGUAAGUAGCUGCUCAAAGAAAAAUAAUAUGUAGGAUUCAUUUCUACAUAUGAAAUUGCAUUUCAAUCUUCCUUUUAAUGCUCAUAUUAACUUCUACAGCCUCUUGAGCAAUGUGCACAACUCUUCAGCUUUCCUGCUCCAUCCCUUUCAGGCUUACUGGCUACAGUUGGGAAGUUGCAAGUGGACCAGGGAAAAUGGAUCAGGACAGUUAAUUUGGCACAUGGUCUGCUUCUCCCUCUGUCUUUCCUGAUCUCUCACUCCUGGGGUGCAAACUGGGAAGGAUUGCUAUUCCCAUAAGGAACUGAUUUCCCAGGUAACAGAUGGAGAAAGGGAUAACCAAUGAAUUUAAUAGAACCCAGUAACACUUGAGCAGGUGACUGACACAAGACACUACUGUCAGCUACAGU